UGGCAACUCCAUCAAGUAUCACGAAACCUGCCUUUGAAGGUAUGCAAAAGAGGUAAAGAAGUGUCUCCCAAAUGACAAAAUUGGGGUUUUGGUCCAGCAUUUCCACAUCCAACGUAUGCUCCAAACUCAAAAGCCCAAAUCACAAGAGCAACCUCAAUGUAGGAAAACAAAUGCCCCAUCACUCACAUCUCUAGCGAGUGAAUCACAAUUACUAACAUCAGAUCAACUCUUGAUUGUCUAACUCUAAGGUCAGACAGUGUUGCACGCGCUUCAAUAGCAAGUGCUUUUGAACAUGUGGUAACAAUUCUGUCAGCUUUACCUUGUUCUGAUCUUAGGACUCGCCACCCAAAACCAAGAAGCCAAUAAAGAAACAGAGAAGGAGAUAUAGUUUUACAGACGAGCCCAAGCAUAACGAGAGAAAAUCAAAGCUUUGUUUGAAGAGCAUAUGCAACUUGAACAUGGAAAACAAAGAAGAAGAAGAAUCUGCACCGGUAACAACAGAGCCAUCAUCAACAUAUCAGUUAUUCCUAACAAUUAUGAGCAAAAGGAGAACAUGGGUAUGUCUUUUUGUGUUAGUAUAUGCAAUCCUCUUAUCAUCCUCAUGGAAUUUCCUUAAAUCCAUACUUUCUUGGUACAAAGAGCAAGCCCAAGUCACUUCUGCCUCUUCUGGGUGGCCUGCCUUGUAUGCAUCAGUGCUUCUAGGUGCAGUUUUUGGACUUCUUUCAAUGGUUGCAGCUCUUGCAGUGGCCGUGCCAGCCACCUUGGUUAUAUGGAUCUCAGUUGUGGUCUUAUUGGCUUUCUUUGGGAAGCCAAGAAGGGCCUUGGUGAUUGAAGGAAGGAAGAUCACAAGAGAAAUUCUUGGGUUUGUGUUUAAGAUUUUGUUAAAGGAAGGGAAUGUUGUGGCUGCUGUUUGUGCUGUUCUGGGCUACUUUGCUCUGGUUAGAAGGAAUUAUGAAGGUGAUUGAGGGCUUUUUGUUUCAAUUUGCUGGGAUAAUUGUUUAGGACAGAUGGUAAUGGAUUUGUGGAAAUUUCCCCUUUGUCCUGAGCAAGUGUUUGAUAAUUUUCUUUUUUGUUUUGGGGGGUUUGAAUUAGGGAUAAGAACUGGGAAAACUGUGUAACUGUAUUACAGGUUGGUUAGUUUUCUAAUUCCGCUGUAAUAUAUAUGUUCUUUCUAAUCAAUUUGAUGGGCAGUUCUGUUUUAUUUUUAAA